UGCUUCCGGUUGGUGGAGUGGGUGAGGGGAGCCAGCGGGAGGCCGGUGCAGGCCGGCGCCGCCCGCGCCUGCGGUCCUGGGGCCGUCCCGUCACCGCCGGUGGCGCAGCAUGGGAUGCCCCUGAGCGGCAGAUCGCUCUUCCGUAGGGGCGGCUUUGCCCGUGCCCGUGCCUGUGAGAGGCGGGGGGAGGCCGGGCGGCGCCGGGGCCGGACCGGCAGCAGGAUGUCAUCAACUUGCCAUACCUCUGCUGUGCUGGUAGUUUUUAUGGCCCUUGCUGUUGUGGGAGCUGAACAGUCAAAAGAGAGGAGCUGUGAUGUGAUUGGUGAUGAAAGCAGUGAGUCGCAAAUGGAAAGAGCCCUGCUGAAGAAACUGGAGCCCCUGAGCCCAAUGAGGUUUAACGUGACUGUGGAGAAAGGCAAAACGGAAAACUAUGUCUACCAGUUCAGAGUGUGCAGGGAGGUCAACAGCACCUUACAUGAUUUUGGUGGCCUGGUGCAAACAGAUAGACAGAAUGGGAAGACCACAGUGAUAGGAAGAAUCAAUGAAACACAGGUCUUCAAUGGAAGUGACUGGAUCAUGCUGAUUUAUAAAGGAGGUGAUUCAUAUGGCAGGCACUGCAGUGGUGAGAAGAGAAGAGCUGUGAUAAUGAUUUCUUGCAAGCGGGGAGUCACAGCAAGCUCAUUCAGCAUUAUUUCAGAAGAGCGGGAAAAGGAGCAAGAGUGUUUCUACCUCUUUGAGAUGGACAGCAGUGUGGCUUGUCCAGCUGAAGAUUCCCACCUCAGCAUUGGCUCCAUCUUACUGAUCACGUUUGCUUCCCUGAUUGCAGUCUACAUCAUUGGUGGGUUCCUCUACCAGCGCCUUGUAGUGGGAGCAAAGGGCAUGGAGCAGUUUCCUCACUUUGCCUUCUGGCAAGACCUGGGCAAUUUGGUAGCGGAUGGCUGUGACUUUGUCUGCAGAUCCAAGCCUCGAAACGCACCAGCCGCAUAUCGUGGUGUGGGUGACGACCAACUGGGUGAGGAGUCAGAGGAGAGGGAUGACCACUUGCUACCAAUGUGAUCAGCUUUCAACACUGAGUUCUUUUCUCCCCAUCUCCCCAGUUUAGCUGGGCAUCUCCCAGCCAGUUCUCCUUCUCUCACUCUGAUUUUUCUUUACACUCUUUGCUUUUGCUGUCUCUGGUGCGCCAAGUCCCAUGGAUGCCUCUGGGUGUGAACAGAACUGGUCCUUGGUGGCAUGUCUUGUGAAUAUAAUGCUGGUUCUAUAAUGCUGGUUUUUAAAAAUGCAGCAGAGCUGAGGGGGAAAGUGCUGAGAGUUGAGAGAAGAUGGCAAGAAAGCAAUAUGAGUGUUCAGCAUGGGAGAGAAAUCACCAAGAGAAAAAAAAGAACCAUGAAUGGGUGCAAAAAGGGGAAGGAGGCCAUGGGUUAAAACAGCCAAGACUAGGAGGGAUCUUUUGUGUCUUCCCUCUCACCCCUAAGGUUUACAGGAUCCGUAAGACACUGGAAUUCCUUUUCUUUGAAUGCAUUUUCAGUUUUUCUAGCUUUUGCACUGCUUCUGCCAGCGUAACAUGCAGCGUGCUCUAUGCCAGACUCUGUGGGGGUGGAGAUGGCAUUGGCACCUAUGCAGUAUUUUCUUAAUGGCAGUAUGUUGAAGAGUACACACCAGUUUCUUUCAACAGAUAUAAAGGGAUGCAUGCCAUCCUCUCAGACAAUUGAGAAGGGGUGAUGCUAAAAAAAAGAGUUAAAUACAGUCUCAUGAAUUUCCAGCUCUGUCACAAUAUUGUCUUGGCUUUCUCAAAUCAUUGAGAAGCAAAAGGAAAUAAUGUGCUGCUAAGUAAAGGGAACAUUUGCUGAAACUCACAUGAAGGCACAAUAAAACAGGUAGCUGCCACUCAAGUUCUAAGCUUCCUGAAGUGACUGCCCACACAGCUCAGUCACCUUCAGCAUUGUGAUUACAUGCUCUCCAAAAGUUCCUUGUUUGGCAGAGGGUUUUCCCAGGAAUCUACCAGAAUAUAAAAAAGGAAUCACAGAAGCCAAGGAUAAGAAUGCUAGUGUAAUAAAAAACUGCGUAAGGGACUCUUGCACUGCCAGGGGUAGCUUUCAUAAAUCAUUGUCCCUCAAGCAUGGUACAGAUGGUCCUUAUACUGCUGCUGGCUGGGAGUGAGAGAGAUCUCUUCCUGGGGCCCUGGUAAAAAGCAGGUACAGCCAAGUUGCAAGACUUUAGGAACUUGGCACCUUGAUUCUUAAUUGCUUUUUAUUUCAGGGGCUACUCUUUAAGUGAUCCCAUUCUGCCCUAUUCUAGGCUGGCAAGAACUGCCCUUGAGGGCAGAGACUGUGAAUAGGCAAGCCACUACUGUUAACAGCAGAAUACAGUUUAUAUAUUUGCAAUACUGGCAAAGCAGUCUGAAUGGUGACACUGAGGGGAAAAGGGGUGGCCCUGCUUUCUUACUGGGUUUGGAGUGGGCAAAUGGCUCCUGCUUUCUUUGACUUUUAUUACAGUCUCAAUCUUCCUUAUAACAUGGGAAAAAUAGGAAGUCACUAAGUCUGUUAUUACUGGUUUUCAUGGUGGUGUUUAAGGUAAUUUUUUUUUGUACAAAACACAACUUUCAAAAAUAAAACAAAAAAAAAAAACCAACCCCAAAAC